GUCACUGACCCCCAGAGGUGCAACACCGGCGAGGCAUGGCUCUCAAGCGGAGCUUUUGAUUGGCUGCUGGACUUAAGGUGCUGAAGGUGCUCCCUGGGGAGAGCAGAGCAGCCCUCACUGCUGCAGACUCCCGCUGAAGUGCAAUGCCUCGAUUCACCGUACACAUCCGAGAUGAGUGGCUGGCAGUGCCCUGCAGGGACGCCACCAACACCAUCCAGUGGCUCGGACAGGAAGCCCUUAAACGCUACAUUAAGAACAAACCGGACAACGGCGGCUUCAAGGAUGUAAAGAACGCUCGGUUCGUGGUGCGCAGGUGCCAGGGUCUGGGCUUGUUGGACACCGAUGACACCAUAGAAGAUGUCCUGGAGGAUAAUGACUUUGUCGAGCUUGCUAUCGCAGGAGACACCAUGUCCCCUGACUUUAUCCCGUGUGAGCCUGGAGUGUCCCACCUCACUGCAGCAUACAAAGAACCCAGGGAGUUUAUUUCCCUGGAUGGCAACAGCCUGACAUCGACAGAUCUGGUUAACUUAGGAAGAGGACUCUACAAGAUAAAGCUGACUCUGGAGGCCGAAAGAAAGGUGGUGCAAUCAAGAGAGCUAUUGGACACCAUUGUUAAAGAAAACAAAGUUGUUUAUGGAAUCACAACAGGUUUUGGCAAAUUUGCCCGAACAGUCAUUCCUGUCAGCAAGCUCAAGGAGCUGCAGGAGAACUUGGUGCGGUCACACUCAGCAGGUGUUGGAAACCCGCUUAGCCCAGAGAGGACGCGCAUGCUGCUUGCUCUGAGGAUCAAUGUUCUUGCCAAAGGGUACAGUGGAAUAUCUCCGGAAACACUUCAUGCAAUGAUCCAAGCCUUCAACGCAUCCUGCCUCUCCUUCGUCCCAGAGAAGGGAACAGUGGGUGCUAGUGGAGACCUGGCUCCUCUUUCUCACCUGGCCCUGGGGCUGAUGGGAGAGGGUAAAAUGUGGUCUCCCAAGAGUGGAUGGGCAGAUGCCAAAUAUGUCCUGGAGGCCCAUGGACUGAAGCCCAUAUCACUGAAACCUAAAGAGGGUCUUGCUCUGAUUAAUGGGACCCAGAUGAUCACAUCUCUGGGGGCGGAGGCUGUGGAGCGAGCCCAGGCCAUCGCUCGGCAGGCAGACAUCAUCGCUGCUCUGACCCUUGAGGUGCUAAAGGGAACCACCAAGGCCUUUGACAGUGACAUUCAUAAGCUGCGGCCCCACCCCGGACAGAUUGAGGUGGCCCUGCGCUUCCGCUCGCUGCUGGACUCUGAUCAUCAUCCAUCUGAGAUUGCAGAGAGCCAUCGCUUCUGCGACAGAGUGCAGGAUGCCUACACAAUGCGAUGCUGUCCUCAGGUCCAUGGAAUCACCAAUGACACAAUAAACUUUGUCCAGAACAUCAUCAAUACAGAAAUCAACAGUGCCACUGACAACCCUAUGGUAUUUUCCGAAAGGGGAGAGACCAUUUCAGGUGGGAAUUUCCACGGCGAAUACCCAGCUAAGGCUCUGGACUUUUUAACCAUUGCAGUCCAUGAGCUGGCCUCCAUCAGUGAGCGGAGGAUCGAGAGGUUGUGUAACCCGUCUCUGAGCGAGCUGCCGGCCUUCCUCGUCAACGAGGGAGGACUCAACUCUGGCUUCAUGAUUGCUCACUGCACUGCUGCUUCCCUAGUUUCAGAGAAUAAAGUUUUGUGUCAUCCAUCGUCUGUGGACUCUUUGUCCACCAGUGCUGCCACAGAGGAUCACGUGUCCAUGGGAGGCUGGGCUGCGAGGAAGGCCCUGAGGGUCGUGGAGCAUGUGGAGCAAGUUCUUGCUAUAGAGCUGUUGGCAGCCUGUCAGGGUAUCGAGUUCCUCCGCCCUCUCCACACCACCACCCCGCUGGAGAAGGUCUAUGAACUUGUGCGCAGUGUGGUCAAACCAUGGAUGAAAGACAGAUUCAUGUCUCCGGACAUUGAAGCUGCUCACCGACUUUUACUUGACCAGAAGGUGUGGAAUGUGGCCAAACCUUAUAUCGAAAAGUAUAAGACCGAGGUCAUCCCAGAGUCUCGUCCAGGCUCUCCGACCGCCUUCUCUCUGGAGGCGCCGGCAUCACCAAGGAAGCGCUGUCGUCACGAGUGAAAACAUGUCUGAUUUUUGUUAUUUUUAAUAGAAAUAUACCCUAUGUCUUUGCAUUCCAACCAUUGACUUAAAGAUGCAGCAUUAUUUUGACUAUUGUAGACUUAAUUCAUAAAUUGAUUUCUGGCCUUUUUUUAAUCCUUGGUGUUUAAGUAAUUUAAGAAUUGGUGACGUUUCUCUAGUCAUUUUUGUGGGUAGAACUUGCAUAAAGCUUGAACACCACUGUGCACUAGAGUUGUAUUUAUCUAGACUACCUCAGCCAUUGUACCAUUUUCAUAUCAAAUAGUCUUUAAUGAUGUAACAAACAAUACUAUGAUAAGGUUGUGGUUUUUCUGGUAUUAUCAUAUGAAAUCUCAAAUGAUUGUCAUCUGUGUAUGUCCACUAAAACUUUUGAAAGCUGCA